AUGUCUUCGACAACGAAAGCUGCCCGGAUAGGGGAAGAGAUCUGGAAGACAAAGAUCGACAAAGUCAAUGCGGAACUGGUGACCCUCACGUACGGCACAAUUGUCGCUCAAUUAUGCCAAGAUUAUGAUAGCGACUAUCUCGAAGUCAACAAACAGCUGGAUAAAAUGGGCUACAACAUAGGCAUGCGCUUGAUUGAGGAUUUCUUCGCUAAGUCGAAUACCGGCCGGUGUGCCAAUUUCAGGGAGACGGCGGACAUGAUCUCGAAGGUGAUUACUACCUACCCAGUUGGAUUCAAGAUUUUCCUCAACAUAACGCCCACAAUCACCAAUUGGACAAGUGACAACAAACAAUUCUCGCUUGUAUUUGACGAGAAUCCGCUGGCAGACUUUGUUGAGCUGCCCGACGACGGGCGUGCACAAGACGAAUUAUGGUUUUCAAAUAUCCUGUGCGGGGUGCUUCGGGGGAGCCUAGAAAUGGUCCAAAUGCAGGUGGAAGCGCACUUUGUCAGCGAUAUUCUCCGGGGCAAUGACACGACGGAGAUCCGGGUAUCGCUUGUUAGAUAUAUCGAAGACGAGAUGCCGCCCGACGACGAGUAG